GCGCUCGUGGCGGCACCGGAUCGACCAGGCUAGCUUUGCUUUAGGUGUAUCCGUUGCUGAAAAAGAUGUCCAUACCUCCCCGUAACCUAGGUGCAACCCGAUCACUGGUAGCUGUUUUAACAAUGUAACUACAAUAUUAGCGACUAAAUUCCAGAAAUGCCCCUUAUGCCACAGGCGCGAGUUGUCAAGCAACCUUUUUUGCUCGAGUGGGUUGCCAUUUUGUUUGCCCUGCCGUGGGCAACCCUGUAAAUAUCUUCGCGUCAGCAGAGGAGGUGUGCGCGCCACGAGGGUAUUUACGGCCACGGCUCGUUCGGUGAUGGAAUGGAGGACGCAAAGCAGGGGUAGAGCAGAGCAGGCAGCACCUACUACUACUAGGCCGUCCGUCCCCACAUGCAGGAGCUCCAGCCCAUCCCCGGCCUGGCGGGGCGGCUGUUCGGCAGCGGCGGCGGCGCCGCGGCCGCCAUCGGCCUCCUCCGCCGCCACGGCGGCUCCUCGGCGGCCGAGGUGCGGUGCCCGCGGUGCGACUCGCCCGACACCAAAUUCUGCUACUACAACAACUACAACCUCGCGCAGCCGCGCCACUUCUGCAGGGCCUGCCGCCGCUACUGGACCAAGGGCGGCCACCUCCGCAACGUCCCCGUCGGCGGCGGCUGCCGCAAGCCCAGGCCCAGGCGCCCCGCUGCCGCCGCCGCCGACGGCCGCGGCAAGGACGGCGUGCACCGGGACGGAAAGGCCCCGCGCUCAGGCUUCGCCGGCGCCGCCUCCAGCUCCAGUCCCACCGCAGCCGGCGACGCCGACGCGCCCGUGUCGGGCGCGUUCUCUGUCGUGACCGAACCGAGCGCCCCCAGGAGUGGCGGCGUCGCGGAGGCUAGCGCCGAGACCGGCAGCUUCGCGGCCGGCGACACGCGGGCGCUGCUCGUGCCCCCGCCGGCGCCGAUGUUCGCCGACCAGGCGUCCGUGUUCGCGUCGCUCUUCGCGCCGCCGCGGCCUCUCUCGGCCUUCGGUUCCUCGGCGCAGCCGCAGCCCGAGCAGGCAGAGGAGCGCGUCGCCGCCAGUCUACUUGCUGCAGAGCAGCCGCCGCCAUCGUGCACUGCGGCCUUCACGGACACGGCGCCGUUCGCCGCAGGAUCGGACGGUGAGCUUUCGGCGGGACCAUCCGACUGGCCGACGGCAGGGAUAUUCGAGCUAGCGGGCGGCAACGCCGGCGACGCGUCGUUGCCGGAGCACUGGAACCAUGGAAGCUGGACGGAUCCGGACCCGGCCGUCUACUUGCCGUAGCGUGUCACUGAUCACACAACUGGUUCAUUUUGUACUUAAACUCGUGGUCCAACAAAUGUUAAGGGCUUCUUUUGAUGACACCGUUCGUUUCCAAUUUAUGUAGAUUGGAGUGAAAAUGAACUAAUAUUUUCUCUGUUAAUACUCUCAAUAUAUGUGGAUUGGAGACUA